AUGGAUCACAGGAGGACUGAACCGGACCUCAACACCGGCAUCAGCCCGGUCACGCUGUACGGGGAAUUCACGCUCACGAGUAACCGAAAAGUCAGGUGUUCCGUGAACCUGACGGAGAGGGACCUGGUCGUCCAGCGGCUCACGUCGGCACCUGUCGGGCGGAGCAAGGCGGCGUUCAGCCUGAAGGACUGCGUCGGCUGCCGGGCUUACCGGGAGGAUGACAACGCGGACCCGGCGGCGUACCUGGCCGCCUACUUCUACCCGCUGCGCCGGCGCUGGAUGAGUUCCGGGGUCUCGCGGCAGAGAGUGGAGCAGUGCUUUCGGCUCGCGGCGCUCCAGGACCCGCGCGCCAACCUGGAGGAGGCGGAGAAGUGGGCUCGCGCCGUCCGAGAACGCGCUGCCCGGCAACAGCAGCUUAGAGACGGGGUGUUGUUGAGCGAGUUGCCCCGUCCAUGCCGGAUGAUGCUGCUGGUGAACCCACAGAGUGGGAAGGGACAGGCGCUCAUUCUGUACAACAACCACAUUCAACGGAUGCUCAACGAGGCCGGCGUCAUACACACUCUGGUUAUUACUGAGCGGCAGAAUCACGCCCGGGAGAUGGUGAAAGAGGCCGACCUGUCGCAGUGGGAUGCUUUAGUCAUCAUGUCCGGAGAUGGACUUCUGUAUGAGGUUAUAAACGGUCUGCUGGAGAGAUCAGACUGGGAGGAGGCCAUCCGGACGCCGCUGGGUAUCCUUCCAGGUGGAUCGGGCAACGCCUUGGCUGCCUCCGUCCAUCACUAUUCAGGAGCCUCUCCGGUGUCCAGCGAGGAGCUCCUGGUCAGCUGUGGCUUCCUGCUCUGUAAAGGCCUGGUGUCUCGUAUGGACCUGGUCUCCAUCCAUCUGUCCUCCAGCCCCCGUCUCUUCUCCUUCCUCUCUCUGGCCUGGGGCUUCGUGGCCGACGUCGACAUAGAGAGCGAGAAGUACCGUCACGUCGGAGCCGCCCGGUUCACCGUCGGCACCCUGGUGAGGCUGGCUUCUCUCCGCGUCUACAAGGGCAAGCUGGCUUACCUACCCGCCACCAAGCAGCACAACAACCAGGAGGGUUUGAGAAAUAACACGACGGGCCACUGCAACAACCAGGCCUCCUCCCUGACUCCAGCCCCCGUCCUGUGCCGACCGUCCAGAGACUCGUCCUGCAACAACACUUUCCACAACUCCUGCCACUCCAACAACUCCCUCAAAGUGAGGAGGUCGGAGAGCACGCCUUCCCGAAGCGCCACCAAAGCCCCCGCCGGCCCGCCCGACUCCCUGCUGGUGCCUCUGGACCAGCCGCUGCCCGCCAACUGGGUGGUGGUGCCCGAGGAAGACUUUGUCCUCAUGCUGGCCAUGUACCAGUCCCACCUGGCCGAGGACCUCCUGGCAGCACCGGACGCCGCCUUGAACGACGGCGUCAUUCACCUUUUCUACGUUAGAGCUGGGAUAUCUCGCACCGCGCUGCUGAGGCUGUUUCUGGCCAUGGAGAAGGGCGCACAUCUGGCCACUAACUGUCAACAUCUGGUGCACACUAAGGUGAGAGCGCUGAGGCUGGAGCCGUACUCACCCAAAGGGAUAAUAACAGUCGAUGGAGAAGUGGUGGAAUACGGUCCGUUGCAGGCAGAAGUACACGGAGGCCUGUCGAGAUUAAUCACUGGAUGAACCGAACAAGCAGCGCUGCCAGCUUUCAUCUCUGCUGUUUGAGGCUGAUGGUGUUGAUUAAACACAGUCGAGCAUUUCAGAUCAGAAGGGUCCAGGUACAGGAGCAAAGCAAUGGAUGUAAGACUCAUUUACAUGGAUCUGCUAACGGAUCCUCUCAGCAGCAGACUGGAAAAAAAAAAAACAUCUGAAGACGCUGUGAUGUUGGACGAGGUUUUCUAACAAGGCGCUGUGUGGGGGGAGCCAGAGUGUUCAAUAUUAGAUAAAUAAAUCAUUACCUGUGAAAUAAAUGAUCACAGAAACACAUUUAAAUGUAAUCAGAAAACUUGGUGCUUUAACCAGAGUUGCUCGUGCGUCUUUUCACAAUAAGAGCAUUUAUUGCAGAUAUUUUCUAUUUCAAAACUUUUCCAACUUCUGUCUUUAUUUUGAAGUCUUUAUCUG